AUGUCAAGCCACUCCACUGAUUCCGACCCGGACCAGAAACCUUUGGCGUUUCUGAACAACGACGAGCCUCUGGCCUCCAGAGACCAUUAUGACGACAAGGUCAUCGACUCCGAGCCCCAACCCAACUCUCCCAUGAGUACUGACGCAAGAGUCUCCAUGCAAACUGUCUCCGAAACGUGGUCUGGUUAUCACAGAGAAACGAACGAAUGCACGGAAUUCUGCCAGGACUAUUGCAUCUGUUUCGGUGCAUGCGACGCAUGCUGCCCAUCCACAGGCGAAGGCUGCUUGAGUUCCACCGCUGCAUUUUUUGGAAAUAUCAUGGUCGGUUUCUGCAAAUGCUAA